AUGCUCUUCAAACGAUUUAAUGAUAACUAUUUUAAGGCGGAUGGGUAUAUUUGGAAACGACGUCGCGAGGGGAAAGUGAUUCGGGAGGAUCAUAUGAAGUUAAAAGUUCAAAAGCAGGAGAUCAUCUCGGCAAACUAUGCCCAUUCGGCGAUCGUCCCGAGUUUCCAUCGACGCGUUUAUUGGCUAACGACCAACCCCGACGUCGUCUUGGUGCACUAUUUGAACAGCGGUGAUGAUGAGCGAGCUGAUGGACGUCCCCUAUCAGAAAGAAUCACCGCCACAAUAAAAGCCUCUUCACUCACUCUUUCACAUCAAGAUCUUCACACGCAAAUCUCACCAAUAUUAUCCCCAACAACAUCAUCACAAGAAGUAACGGCGUUGUGCAACGCCAUUUGGCAACUGCUCAACGAUCCGCACUCACACAAUGGCGGAGCUCACUUAGAGCGAAGAAAUAGCUGCUCGUCGGCUUUUCGAAAAGGCCUUUCUUCGGUUGCCCUUCGCCGUCAACCGUCCACUUUCAGCGACUCGAUCGAUCCGCAUUUUAUUGGAGACAUUGUGAGGAAUUGCGGGAAAGUUGAUGGAGGGAAUUUGGGAGGAGGACACCAGCAAAAUCAUCAUUUACAUUUGGAGGACAGCAACGGAUAUGCUCGAGAUGAAUCUCAUCACUCACAUUCUGGUGACACCCAUCAUGAAAGUAUUGACGAUAAUGAAACGUCUUUCUACCGUAGUCGAGUCGGUGCUUCAUCAAUGUCCCGAUCAAAUGGCCCUUCUUCGAGUGGUGAGGGAUGGUUGACACCAAUCAGUGACAUAACACCAAAUAAAGGAUCCAUUAAGGGUGACGUAAAAGUGUUGAUCAUUGGUGGAUGGUAUUUGAAAGGACACGAGUAUAUGGUUCAAUUUGGAGAGCGGCGAGUGCCCGCUCAACUUCUCCAAGUCGGCGUCUUGAUGGUGAGAGCGCCAGCGGUCCGUGAACCAUCUACAGUCAGCGUUCGAGUACUCUGCGAUGGAUCGAUGGUGUCCUCGACCGGGUGUGAAUUCACAUACAUCGAUGAAAAUACAGAUAAUAGCACUCACCUCAACAUUCAAUCGCUCGUCGACAGAAUGCAACUCUUUGUAGCAGCCUUCAAUGUGCCUCAAUUCUUGAAUGAUUCGCCUUUAACGACCUCAACACUAAACGAGGAGACUUUUCUUUCGAUCGUUCGCUCUCUCCUUCAACAUCAACUGAAAAAUCCUCACCUCUUGCAACCUCAUCGAAAUCUCCCCUCGCGAACGCUUCUCCACUUAGCCGCCGCUCUCGACUAUCACCGUUUUACUGAAUAUCUUUUAUGGUGGAGACGUUCUCUACCGUACACCCGUGAACUCGAUCCAUUGAGUCGCGACUCUGAAGGGUCGACUCCGCUUCAUUUAGCCGUAAAGGCAAGGAAUUUCGGCACCGUCAAAGUUCUUGUGAAAGCUUGUCGAGCCACAGUGGAUGUACUCGAUGAUCGGAGGUCGGAAAAGACGAGUGGAAUCCCGACAAGUAUGGAAGACGCUGAGCACAUGGCUGCAACGGCUCUUUGGGUCUUCACAAAUGGGGAAACGGUUACAGAUGAAAGGAGACAAGAUACACAAAUGAAUCGAAUGAGUGUUCAUUCAUCAACUUCACCAGCAAGUCUGCGCGAAGAGAGAGAACGAGAGGCGAAUCCGAUGAUGAUUAAAAGAAAAGCCGAUUGGAAAGACUGUGAGCCGAUUCAUGUCGAGAUCUCGAUGGACACAGCCGACGUUCAUGUGCCCGAUUCGCCAAAAAUGGCUGAUCUCUUUGAUGCGGUGACUAGCCCUGGCGUUUUCGUGAAUGAUUGCGUUCGCGAGAAAAUGGCUCAACUCGCGCAGCAUAUCAUUGACGCGUUGCCCGAAAGGAUUAAAGCCGAUCCACCGCAGAACAACGCGCAAAUGCAUUCCCUGGAUGAUCAUCAAGCUCAUCACGGUUUCUCAUUUGCCGGCGAAUCGCCAAUGUUCUCCUCGAAUGGUUUUGUUGUACCUGAGCUUGAUGAUUAUAUGAAUCUUCAUUUUGGUCCAUCCACAUCACACCAAAAUAGUUUCAGCACAAAAACGAUCCCCUCGGAUGACGGGAUGAGCAUCAAUCACUCUCCGACAUUCAGAAGAUCGGUGUCUCAUUUGUAUCCAUUCGGCGGACGGGAAUCGUUUCCCUCAUCUCGCGCGACCACUUUCGAAUCCGGCAGCUUCGACCUUGAUAAUUCCAAAGAUUUGGGCGAAUUCCUCAACAGCGAGGCGACAACUGAGAUCGGCCCUUUACAGCAACAGCUGGGAGAUCUGAAGUUAUCGGAGAGCGAGCAACGUGACGUGUACGAAGCGGCGAAAACCAUUCAAAGGGCUUAUCGGGAGUAUCGUGCUCGAACGAGUUCGGCUCCACAUGCGGAAGCCGAGCGUAAUGCGGCGAUCACAAUUCAGAGUUUCUAUCGGCGAUAUAAAGCGUUCCAAUACUUCAAACGUUUGUACAACGCGGCGAUCCUCGUGCAGAAGCAUUUCCGAAUGAAGAAAAAGGAUCAAUCGGGAAGCAAUGAGAGCUCGGAUCCGAGUCAUGAUCGUUUACCCGAUCAUCCAUCGGUGGAUGGGAGAAGCAUUCGGAUACAGAUCCCGCCAAAUUCCUCAAAUCUAUGGCGCGAGAAUCGAGCAGCAGUGACAAUUCAACGAUCAUACCGAGAUCAUCGACACCGAAAACGACAAGCAGCCGCUAGGAAAAUCCAGAAUUUCAUGCGACAAAGCCGCAUCAAGUUGCGCAAAAUGCACGAGCAAAGCGCCGCCGGGUGUACGAUGGAACAGGGAGUGGAAACGGAGGUUGGAGUGUUGUGUCUGCCGGUCAGCCAAGCAACAACAACAGCGCACAACCCGGUCGUUCCCCAUGUGCCCCCUUUUGACCAUAGAUUCAGCGAGCUUCUCCAAUACGACGAGUGUCUGUCCUCCACCGGUGGCAUCCCUCCAUCAGCCCCUCUAUCAUCAGUCCAUUAUGGGAAUUGUCAAUCUGACGGGUAUGGACAACAAGCACCCACAAUCACAGCGGAUGGCUCAGCAACAGCUCGGAGCCAAUGUCAUCUCGCUCCAGGGGGAUCCUCUGCCUACAUCCAACAACAUAAACCAUCCGUCUACCCACCACCAACAAACGGUUCCCUUGCCACCGAUCCACACUAUCCAACCGAGCAACAACAACAUGCUCAAUGG